ACGCCAAACGUUUUCUUUAUUUCCACCGCUUUUCCAUCGACGACAAUGUCGCCGCAACGAACAAAUAAACAACAACGCGACAUUUGGCGAUCGUCAGUUGUACGCGGCGCCGGCAACCCGUAUGUCCUAGUGCAAAAAUAAACAAAUAAUAACUCUAGUGAAGAUCGUUACUUACAAAAUAAAAAUUUAGCAUAAAUAUGUAACAAUACACAACAACAAAAUUUUAAUAUUGUUAAUGGACAAUAAAAACAUGGAUUUGAUAAAGAUGUGGAGUAAUUUGAUAGCGGCGAACGCAAUAUACAGGAAUAUAAAUUCCGAGGGUGUUUGCGCCCUGCCAACAACAUACUUCAUGCAAGGUGUGCACUUGUUCGCUUCGGAAAAUGCAUUGAAUUGCGACGUGUCCGAAGCGACGAUUUCGGAUGAUGAAUCUGACGCCUCCGAAGUCGAAGUCGAACCUGACAAUGAAAGGUAUUCGCAAGAUGACGUGAGUCUCGCAGAUUCGAGCAAAAGUGAUGAUCAACGCUCAACAACGCCGAGUUCAACGGUAUUACACAGUAGGAGACGCAUUCAACGAACCAGAUAUUCACGUGAAGAAUACAAAUGUCCGACUUGCGCAUAUACGUGCACAAUUGAGAAAGCUUUCUUUAAACAUCUGCGACAAGAUUGCGAGCAGGCAACGAACAGCGAAGGCAAUCCGAGAAUUUCCUGUCCGAUUUGUGGCAAGGAUCGAGAUUCGGAGCCGUUGUUGAUGGCACAUAUGGUCAAACAUCGUUGUGGGAAACAUUUCUGUUGUGAUUUGUGCAAAUUCCGCACAUUGCAGAUGAAAAAGUUAAUUCAACAUCGAAGAAUGCACACUGGUGAAAAACCACACCUCUGUCCAUACUGCUCGUAUCGUUCAGCAAGAAGAGACAACCUUCGAUCCCAUGUGCGACGUGUGCACAAAAAAGAAAAUCUUACCUGCGACACGUUUGCACCUCGCAACAUGAUCCUGCACGCCAGCUCUGCUUCAACCCCUGCAACAGCUCACAGUUCUAAUGCAACCGUCCUCGCGUAAAAUGUACGUAUGCAAAAUAAACGCUGUAAAAGUCUGAUUAGAUUAAUUCAACGAAAAAACAACUUUUUACUGUGUGUAGUUUAAGAAAAGUCGUCCAUUUUAAAUUUCGAAAUAAAAUUCAAUGUCUAGAAUAUUGCUGAAAAUUUUGACGGCUCAAACAUAUAACUUGAUUCGAAACAAUAUUAAUAUAGUUAAGGAAUACUGUUGUCUAUUAUCAGUAAUCAUGUAAUGUUUAACGACGCAUGUAAGUUUUUGGAUGUUUUUUGAACUCGUUAAGUUUUACAGAGGAUAUUUUCUGACGUAUUUUUUGAAGUACAUACAUUUAAAUAUAUUUCUGAGUAUUUGAAUGUGUAUGCGGCGCAAUUGUUGCAAAUAAAUGUGCGAAUAAUUACAA